AUGGGCCCGGAAGAACGCCUUAAGCUGCUAUUCCAGGACGACGAGGCCCUGUUCAAGCUCAACACGGGUCUCUGCCCUCCCGCGCCCCCGGCCCCCAUCCCCAUCCCCGACCAGACCAUUGUCAACCCAACCACAAUCACAAAGGAAACUCCACCCCCCGUGGCGCCAGAGAAGACUCCCCGAAUGACCGAACCCGUGCCCGCACCAUUGCCCGCACCGAUGUCCGCCCCGCUGGCCACUGCUGAACGCCCCGCGCCGCCGUCGGACGGGCACUUCACCCCCCUGCUGGUCAUAGCAAAAUAUCCCUACCGCCAGAUCAAAGGCGAACUGUCUCAGCAGGUGGCCAGCCGUUUCUUUGACGCAGGCAAGUUCUGGAACCGUCCAUGGGACAUCUACUAUGUGUACACACCGCCCGCUCUGGGCAGCAGAUGCAUUUUGCUUACCCCCACCAGCCAUGUGCGUCGGUUCAUGGCGGAGAUAAACCGUGAGCUGGAGUGCAGUCUUGUCCUGUCAUCCGAAAGGGCCGGAUUCAUUCUCCCGUUCCAGGACAGCUACCCCCAGCCCAUCUACCUCGGGCGCAGCACCUCGCGCGAGACCAAAGACCAACUGGAAUCGGGCAUCUCGCCCCCCCAGCACUCUGGGCCGAGGGAGUGCGUUGCCGAGGUCUAUGCAGCGUUCGAGGCGAUGAUGGAGGGCGCGAUGGACGCCGUCCGAAGCAACAAAAAGAAAGGAGGGUCCAGGGAAAAGCAGAUGAAACGGGCGAUGCAUGCUCGCGACAUGCAGAAAAUGGUGCGACGGGUGCAGCGAUACCUGGGACUGCGUCCGAUGGAGACCCCUGACGAGGCCGAGACGGUGGCGUGGGACCUGCCCAACCCGGUCAGCGACCUGCCGCCCCUCGCUGUCGGCCAGGCAGCGCCGCACCCAUUCUGGCGCGAGCCAGUGCUUGUCAGCGUGGACGUGGAGUCGAACGAGCACUGCCACGCGCAAAUCACGGAGGUGGGCAUCUCGGUGCUGGACACGCAGUGGCUGGUGGGGGUGCCGCCAGGCGAGAAGGGCGAGGAGUGGCGCAAGCGCAUCCAGUCGCGGCAUCUGCGGGUGCACGAGCACCGACACAUCGUCAAUCGCGACUUCGUGGUGGGAUGCCCGGGGAUGUUCCAGUUCGGAGAGAGCGAGUGGGUGGCGCUGCGGGAGCUGGCAGAGAUGGUGCGCGUGGGGCUGCGACUGGACGAGACGCUGCAGCGGCGGGUGGUGCUGGUGGGCCACAGCCUGGGGUCGGACGAGCAGUACCUGAGGCGCAUGGGGGUGAAGGUCGAUGGGUUCCGGGACCGGAUGGACACGGCGGAUCUGUUCCAGCUGCUGCGGGGGGAGGAGACGGCGCGAUCGCUGGGGGGAGUGCUGGCGGAGCUGGGGAUGGAUGGGUGGUAUCUGCACAAUGCGGGGAAUGAUGCGCGGUACACGAUGGAGGUGCUGGUGGCGAGUGUCGUUGUUGUUGGGGGGGGGUUGGCUGUAGUCCCUGCUGUGUAG